AAGUUUUAAGUUUUAUUUUGGUUAAUUCGAACAGUUUUUAAAUUUAUCUGUGGUAUUCCCAAAAAUAGAACAAUGCCUAAAAAUAGAAGACAAACUUCGGAUCAGUUGGAUGAUACCGAAACGUUAAAAUCUGAAAAGACAUCGAAAACCAGCCUCAACGCAAAAUCUGAUCAGAAUGUGAAAAUUAGAAAAGAAUCUGAGACUCCAAUAAAGAAGGUCACGUCUCGGGGUCGACGCAACAUGGAACGAGUGGAGAUGCUAGCGAGGCCAACUGCUCGUCGACUGCGAUCCUUGUGGGACGACAAAUGCGAAAUCCUUCCCAAACACCGCAGAGAUAAGAUCAAAAGCGCUUUGGAGGAAGACUAUUUUCUAAGUCCCGAACAAACGGAGCAAUACUUCCAAGCUUUGAGCGAAUCAUCUAAGCGAUGGACGGGUCCGGGUGGCAUGGUGGGCCGCUGGGAACAGGCAGAGCAAUCACGGGAGCUCCGGCAAAGACAGAAGUGGCUGGUCAAUUUCAGUGCUCAAGUGGCCUACCGUCUGUGCGAUUAUAUCGCCAAGGGACAAAAGGAGAUGCUGGUCUCCAACAGAUUGCGAAGUAUCGCUGAUGUUGUUUUGGAAAGAGUCGCAGAAAUAUUAGGAGAGCCAAAACCCUCACGUUCCCAUCCCGGCCGCCUAGCCAGGUUCAUGGUAGCGAUUUCUGACCGUAUCGCUGUGUGGAUAGAAAACGCAGUGUACCGUGCCGACGCCAUCGAGCCCCGUGAGUCCAGUCCUUUUGAAGAACACGUAUUCUUCUUCUUGUGCUGCGUCGCCAUGGCGGCUGCUGCCCCGCAGUUCAUCACCUCAUGGCCCGGCUACGUCGCACCCGCUUUCGGUUCCAGGACCGUAGUGGCCGGACCCACUGUCGUGAAUGGAUUCGACGGCUUCAACCGCUUCGUGUCCCCCGGAUACGUCGGCGUGUACUAGUGCAGCCCCCAAUACCUGUCCGGAUAAUACAAACGAAGUACUCAAAAAUUGGCACGCGUCUACUGUUAUGUACAUAACUAAAUAAACACACGCUCUAAA